CAACAUAAGCUGACUAACGAGCAAUUAGCGUAUUAACUAUUUGUUUAAUCGAUCGAUAUUUAGCGGAAAACUUGCACAGUUAAUUUUUCUACGAACUAAUUAUCCAUUGAUUCUUACUAUUUAAAUCUUUGAUCAAUUUUUUAUCUUUUCAUUCGAUUUUCUAUCUUUUUAUCGAUUUUAAUACUUAUAUAUCAUAUAUUCAUAAAUAGAUAUUCAUUUUUACAUGAUAUCAUACUUAAAUAUUCAUAUAUCACAUUAAUACGCACAUAAAAUAUAUUUUAGAUGUGAAAAUGAAUUUACAGUUGUGAUAUUUUUAAGUACAUAUUUUUCAGUCUUUUUUAGCAAACUUCGCUUAAAUGUUUAGUUAGAAAAUACUAAAAUAGUUAUUUUAAAAAACUUAUUACUAAAAAAAAUUCCAUUCCGUCAACAUCAAUGUGUUUCUAUGAGAAAGGAUCCGGGGAGCACUAGGCAAAGGUACGUUCACCGUAAAUACAUAGUAAGUCGUUCAUAAAAAGGAGGAAACUCGCCGGCAAUUAUUAUCAGAACGUGUCGAAAAGGUGGUCGCAAGGAACACAGUGCCGUAUACCACGGGGGGAACAGCUGGUGCAUAGCGAUUGAUAUUGAUUUGAAGCACGCGGAGCCGGUUGCCGGGCAGUCACGGGCCAGGCGUACGUCGAACAGGAGGCCGGACUCAAAUGCCUCCCGAGUGUGAGGAAAUAGAGGACCAUGGCGUGCCGGAGAAGAUUUCCUGCAUCGACGGCAGGAUUAAGGAACAUCUGCGGAUUCCGGCACCCGCAACGCUAUGCGGUCGUCGAACAAUGGUAAAUAAACUCUGGUGCCAAGAAGCAGCAAGGAAGUGGUUCUACAAAAAGGAUCAGUCACUACAUUCACGACUCUUGUCCGAACCAAAAUGUCAGAAGCAUGUAGGCACCUGGUACCUACUUUAUCGUUGGUUAAUCUUUAUGGUCUGGGCUUGUAUAGUUGUGUGUUCGAUUUUCGAAUUCGGUAGCUACAAACCUAUGGUAGUAUAUGAUAAGUGGCCAAUUUAUUUGACAAACUGGGAUUUAAUAUUGGGUGUCAGUCAAGCUUUACUUGGCGUUUUUCUCGUAUUGAGAAGAUGGAAACUGCAAAAAGUAUCAGACUUUGAUCCUUCCGCGUUGAUGCUGGGAUUGAUAGACAGAGUUUAUUGGUUCCUUUACGUCGUAACUACUAGUAUCGCGUUUGGAGUUACAAUUACCUAUUGGUGCAGCAUAUUCGAUCCCAGGAUUCACUAUUUGGACCCUUUAAACAUUAUGCUACACAUAUGUAACAGUAUUUUAAUGAUAAUUGAUUUUUGUAUUACAAGCAUUCCGUUUAGGUUAAGGAAUUUCUGGUGGUGUUUAAUCAUAGUGUUUUUGUACACCAUAUUUUCACUAAUAUAUUAUUUCGCUGGAGGAUUAGACAAGAAUGGUUAUCAUUAUAUUUAUAAAAUCCUCGAUUGGAAAAAACCUGUUCAAGCUUCAUUGAUAUGCGUAGGCGAAGGUAUAUUUAUAACCAUAUUGCAUUCCUUAAUGUGUUUCCUAGAGAAAGUGAAGGAUCGAUUGUAUCUGAAGAUCGAUAAGAAAUUAGGAAGACCGUAUGCGGAAACACACAUGUCUAGUGUAGAGAAACAUGCCGACAUUGUCUGAAAAUUAGCGAUAAUAGGCAACAUUUUUUCACGAUUCUAAAAUGAAGUAUUAUGUAUUUGUAUUUCGUCUUAAUAUUUUUAGAAACUCUGUACCAUUCGAAACUAUAGUUUAAAGCAUUGAUAUACCUAUCUUUAGACAAGUUAAUUCUCUAUUUUUAGCUAUUAAUAAUUACAACUAGCGCCUAUGUGGAGGAAGAGAGGACUUUCUUUCAUCCUCAUUCAAUGAAGUUUAUAUCACAUUGACAAUAAAUUGAUCAACAGAAUUGUGAUACAUAAAAACAUACAUAGCAUGUGUACGUGCACGAUUAUCAUAUUUAUAAUCGCAAUGUUACUAAACAGUAUUUUUCAAAUUAUUUCUUUAAUAAAUAUCAUACAUUACAAAGAUUAAAAACUGUUGCAAAAGCAAAAUUUGAAAUUAAUAGAAAGUCAAUUUAGGAAAUAAAGUCAAAUAUACUGCGGCCAAUAAUUUUGUUAGUUAAAUUAUUAGUUUUAGCACUAUGAAAAUAUAUUAUGUAUAUUUAAUAAAAUAAAAAUAAUGCAUUAAG